ACUUUCGUUUCUCUGGUCAGUAUCUUUGGCCAUCAUUGCCACUCCGGUUGAUUGAAGUUUUUUUCUUUGAUGUAUUUUGGCCCAUGGGUCAGAUCCAAGCCUUGCUCCUUUGGAUUUAGCCACCAUAUCGCUGAAUUAAGUUGACCAAGAUGGAUGCAAGCUGUUGAAGAGAGGUCAAAGGGAGGCGGAAUUGCAGAUUUUGAAGGUGCUGGUGGGAGAAACCAAUCUACACCUCAGUGGGUCAUCGACUGAGCAAAUAGGAUCAUCUCUUCUUGGGACUAAUGCAGAUGGUCUCCAUUGCUCACUGAAAUGGAGACAGAGUCAUGUUGUGAAGAGCAGAGGGAUGGUGUGUUGGAUCCCACAGAGCCUGAGAUCGCGGAACACAUUUCUGAACCUGCGGAGUGCGAUCUUCUGAACAAACUGCCUUGUGGGCCUCCAGAACAAGGUGAAGAACUAUCUCGGAAAGACACAUCUGAAAUCGAGAACCAUGCAGUAGAGAGUAAAGACACAGAGAUAAAACGCUUAUCCAACUGUGAGCAAGAGAGAGAACAAGCAGAAUGCAAGGUAGAGAAAAAGCUGAAGAAAACAAACAGCUGGAAGAUGGUCCGGUUUCAAGACCCCUCGACAGAAGAGGAUGUUGUGGAGAGGGACAGCUCAGCCGAGAUUCUCUUUCCAGAAUAUGCUGUGGAAGAAUGGACAUGUGCUCAGUUUGAGGAGCUCUUCGCAGCAGAGGACUGGGAGAACAUCACAGAGGACCGGCUGUUGAGGAAAAAAAUUCUGGAAUCAGGAGACGAACAGGUCCCGCGCGCCACCUGGGGUCAAGAGGUCACUGUGAAGAUGCAGGGUGUUCUUGAGGACCGGACUGUGGUGGAGAAGGACUGCAAACUUGUCUUUGUUAUCGGAGAGGGAGAUGUAAUACAGGCUCUAGAGGAGUGUAUCAUGUCCAUGCAGAAGGGGGAGAUCACAUUACUGCUGGCAGAUUCCCAGUAUGCCUAUGGACUUCUGGGAAGAGAGCCUGAUAUUCCUGCAUGGGCUCCACUACUCUACCAACUUCAGCUGCUGGACAUCAGAGACAAACCGGACCCGGAAACUCUACCCAUCGCUGACCGCAUCCGCAUUGGCAACCAGAAGAGAGAGAGAGGAAACUUUCACUUCCAGAGAGAGGAGUACAGCCUGGCUGCCAGAGCUUAUUAUGUAGCUCUGGAGGUGCUGACCACACACAGCCAAGAUGGUAAUGAUGUUGGCAUGAAGGAGGAGGAGGAAGAGGUGCGGGAAUAUCGGGUGAAGUGUCUGAACAACAUGGCCACCGCUCAGCUCAGACUGGAGCAGUUUGACGAGGCACUGCACACCAGCCGGGACGUCCUGACCCUCCAGCCCAACAACGUCAAGGCGCUUUUCAGGACCGGAAAGCUGCUGUCAGAUAAGGGCGAAUACAAAGAGGCCAUGGAGGUGCUAAAACAGGCCUUGAAACUGGAGCCAACCACCAAGGCAAUCCAUGCAGAAUUGUCCAAACUUGUGAAACGACAAUCAGGAGGCAAAGAUAUGCAACAGUGGAGAGUCAAACCAGCAAAGGUGCUCGGAGAUGACAUCACCCCAUUCCUCAUUCCUUCUAAGAAAAAGUCUUCAGGACUUUCCUGGAAGUUCAUCCUGGGAGCUCUGGUGGUGGCAUUGGGCAGUUUGGUGACGUCUGUGAUUAUGACUGCAAGAAACUAAAAAUCCUGAGCAGGAAGGAAAAAUAUGUAAUUCACUGGAACAGUUGUCUUCCAGCAGGUUCCCCUGUAUGAGCAGCACCGCCAGGAAGAAAACUGAACUUAAGCUUUGAAUGUUUUUACUGAAAUGUGGAUUUUAGAAGAGAGUCAGCUGAUAAAUUUAUAAAAGUUAUUUGCAGUCAGUUUUAUUUGGGAAAGGGAUUGCCUUUAUUUUUGCUUACAAAGAUGCUUUAAAAAAAGUACAUAUAAAGUAAAAUAGCUCAAAAUUACAUUUGAUCAACGCUCCACAGAGUCCAAAUGUUAAAAUAUAUUCUACCAUAAAAUAUUGAAGAAGAUGUUGGUAAAUGUAAUCCUCUGAACAAAUGCAUCUUCAAUUUCAUUACAAUCCUGAUUCCAAAGGGAAAUUUAAACAAAAACAUUUGACAAACUCUUAAAAUUAUUAAAUAUGUUUAGGCUAAAUCCUAAUUCAGGUAAUACUUAUCCAAAUAAAUAUAAAAGCUUAAAUAUUUCUGACAAAAUACAUGAUGUGAUUUUGUAUUUAUACAUGUGCAGUUUACUAUAAAAACCUUCAUUCUGACCAAAGAAUAACCCUUCACGAAACUAUGUUUACAGUUAAGAGGUGAAAUAGAA